GCCACAAACGAGAUUUUUGUUCGCGAGUGCGAGGGAGAAUUACAUAUUUGCGAAUACGAGCAAUUUUGACAACGGUCGCGUCUCAAAAAACGCAGUAAUGAAAUACUCAACAUUUGUGCCACCGUGUUCCCGUUCGAUGAUUUUUAUUUAAUCGUGAUUCAUCCGCUUCGUUGGAAAAUAUGUGAAGCUUUUAUUGUGAAUUGGACAAGCAUGGUCACGAAUAAAAUGACCUUGGAAACAGUAAACAACAACUAGGCCUUAGCGUGCCGGAAUGAAGUCCUACUAAUUUUUCCCCUUGUGGAUAAAAAAUUACGACUUUCCAUCUGGCAAAAAUCCAGACUGCGUGUUACGAAAUCGGAGGAAAACACUACACCGAACAUGCAACUGUGACUGAUAUAUCUCAUAGAAACUCAGGAAUGUCGGUCGUGGUUUCGAUCCGUCUCAACAAUCGACAGUUCGAAGCUGUGCGAAAGUUGAGGAAAAAUGGUGUUAUCCUAUGUACAAAUUAAAUUGGUAUGAAAAAAUAGAGUUUUAUAAAUUAUCAAUAUUUUUUUUCAUACUUUCAUUCAACCGCAGAAAAAUAUGGGUUUGCUUUAUAUUAUCAUUUUUGCUAACUUUCGGUCAUUUGAAACAACGAACGUUUUGAAGCUCUAUGAAGUUAGCUGAUAAACGGUAAUUCGUUCGUUAAGUUUCGUUUCCAUGAAAACAAAUAGUUUUUAACCUAUCGUUUUACUUUUUCCCCCUGAAAUUUAUAAACAUUGUUGUUUGUUCUGAAAACUUUGCAAUGUUUCAUCUCAGUUUUUUUAGCGUCUCGUCGACUUGUGUGCAUUAACCCGAUAAUCCGGGCCGUCUCCAUCGCCCUUCCGUCAACGCGGCAAAACAGCGGCGUCCGUCCGGGCUGGGAACGCAAACACUCGUAAAUUGUGUAUACUGUUUUGUUGGAAGGUGUGAUUCUUGUAAUAAUGUGCUAGUUUUUGCUAAGCGAGGAAAACGAUGAGCUUCUCCAGCGAUGAAGUCAACUUUUUGGUGUACCGAUAUCUUCAGGAAUCCGGUUUCCAACAUUCGGCAUACACUUUUGGGAUUGAGUCGCACAUAUCCCAAAGUAAUAUCAAUGGGGCACUUGUUCCACCAGCAGCACUUCUUUCAAUUUUGCAGAAGGGUCUGCAAUACACGGAAGCAGAAAUAUCCAUCGGCGAAGAUGGAACUGUGCAAAGAAUGGCAGAGUCGCUCUCCCUCAUUGACGCAGUCAUGCCGGACGUCGUUGCGUCUCGACAAAACCAGCAGAACCAACAGAAACAACAGGUGAAAACAGAAGUUCAAGAUACCAACGGAGAAGAAGUGGUCACAUCCAACGAGGGCGUAGGAACAAACGAGAGAGGAGGCGAUAGAGCAGAAAUGGAGGUCGACGAACAACAGCAAAAUGUUGGAAGUGGGAACAAUACAAGCGCGGUUGAAAUACCGGCGAGUAAAGCGACGAAAUUGCGAGGUCACGAAUCCGAAGUGUUCAUUUGUGCCUGGAACCCAACGACUGAUCUUCUUGCAUCUGGUUCCGGCGACAGUACGGCUCGCAUAUGGGACAUGUCGGACAAUUCACAAGCACCCAAUCAAUUGGUUUUGAGACAUUGUAUACAAAAAGGUGGCACCGAAGUCCCGAGCAAUAAAGACGUCACGUCGCUCGACUGGAACUGUGAUGGAACUCUCCUUGCGACCGGAAGUUACGACGGUUACGCGCGCAUUUGGACGACUGAUGGUAGGCUUGCAUCUACUCUGGGUCAGCACAAAGGGCCAAUAUUCGCGUUAAAGUGGAACAAACGCGGUAAUUACAUAUUGAGCGCCGGUGUCGACAAGACGACGAUUAUAUGGGACGCAGCCAGUGGCCAGUGUACGCAACAAUUUAGUUUUCACUGUGCCCCUGCCCUCGACGUUGAUUGGCAGACGAACACAUCUUUUGCUAGUUGCUCCACCGACCAGUGCAUUCACGUCUGUAAACUCAACGUCGAUAAACCAAUUAAGAGCUUCCAGGGACACACGAACGAGGUGAACGCAAUAAAAUGGGAUCCACAAGGGAAUCUACUGGCGAGUUGUUCGGACGACAUGAGUCUAAAAAUAUGGUCGAUGAAGCAAGACACUUGGGUGCACGACCUUCAAGCUCACAGCAAGGAGAUUUACACGAUCAAGUGGUCGCCGACGGGGCCGGGGACCCACAAUCCAAAUAUGAAUUUGACACUGGCGAGUGCUUCUUUCGACUCGACUGUGAGACUUUGGGACGUUGAUAGGGGCGCUUGUAUUCAUACGUUAACGAAACACACCGAGCCCGUUUACAGCGUCGCGUUCAGUCCGGACGGUAAAUUCCUCGCGAGCGGUAGUUUUGAUAAAUGCGUACACAUUUGGUCCACUCAGAGUGGCCAACUGGUUCACAGUUACAAAGGCACGGGUGGCAUUUUCGAGGUUUGCUGGAACAGUCGUGGCGACAAGGUCGGCGCUUCGGCUUCGGAUGGCAGCGUAUUCGUUCUCGAUCUUCGUAAACUCUGAUCUAAUCCCGCAUCCAAUUAAUUUCGCAUCGAUUCUACAUCCCCUCAUCUAUCGUAUUGAUGUUUUUUCCCCUAUUGUUUUUCAUCGAUGAAUCAAUUCCGUUUUUUUUCCCUUCGUUAAGAGAAUCGAAUUUCAAGUUUUUUCGUUUUCUCAUAAAAAAAAAACUUCUCUUUCCGUAUUAAUGGAUUAAGUGAGUCAGAAAUUUCCGAAAAUCGAUUUUUUGUUAUUCAUUCAAUGUGAAUGCUCAAUAUUCAAAAUGAAAUUCAUCACUUGCUGUUAAUUACAAAUGCAACACGUUUAACGUGAGCUCGAAACUCCAUUUUUUGCACAGUUUUUGCACAAGGACUCGAAAGCUUGGCAAUAUUUUCAUACCGACAUCUCUUCAAGUCUUCAUAAUACGUUUUUUGGCGCUUUUCGUCCUAAAUCGUUGGUUUUCUAUGCGUUCAGGAACAACGGAACAGAGUUAUUUUGCAUUUUGUAUGUUCCACGCGUCUUGGAAUAUCCACCAAUUAUUUUUCUUUUCUCUCUAUGACGACUCUUUAUCAACACUGUAAAGAAAUAGUAUUUUAAAGGAAGCCAACGCAAAAUGGUGCCAAAAACUCGAAAGCUUUGAGAGUUGUUAUUCCAAACGUAGAAAAGAAUUGCGUUUCGAUAAAAAUGGAUUUGGAGCAACGAUUAUUUGGUAACUGCCUUAAACAGCUCAUAUUUUUGUUAAAAUUAAAAAAGUAUUUGAAAAUAAUUGAAAAAUCGAUUUAUCGAGAUUUCUCCAACGGUGUAUUACCACGACGAAGCUCUUCGUUUCUUUCCAAUAAUUCGCCGGCGACGGUAAUUCUGAAAAAAUUCCAUUUCCAUCUAUAAAUUGUAUAUUAGCGAUCAUUUGAACGGGGGUGAGAGAAUUCUGUACAGUGAAACUGGUCAACGUAAUUAAUCGUGCAUGUGAGAGAAAAAGAAAAAACAAAAACAAAACAAAAGGUGAAAAAUGAAACUGGUGUCGCAUAAUUCCACGGGAGUGUGAAUGGAGCGAAUGUUGUCUAACGUGAAAGCGACGAAAGGAAUAAUUAUAUUUUUUUACGAAUUAUUCUCACCGAUUAUUGACGGGUAAAUGAAAGUUCGAGACGAAAAAAGGUCAAUAAUCUUUGAGAAAAUUGAAUCGCAGUUAAUUUUUUUCCUCCAUCGAUAUCGUCGCUUCACGUUGACUUAAUUAUAGCAAUUAGAGUGAUUUUUAAUCAUAAGAAUUAUACAUAAAAUAUGACGUAAAAGAAAGAAUGAAUAAAUGAAAAAUAAAAUAAAUAAAUAAAGAAGAAGACUUAUGGAAUGAAACUUUUAUAAAACGAAAAUAAAUCGAGUUUUGGUCGUCAGUGGUGUCGAGAA